AAAAUGAACGGAGCUUAUUUGAAAAGAGAAAAUGCAAACAGUGAAAAUAUGCCAGACGAAGACGAUGAAAAUGAACAGUUCGAAAUAGUUGCUAAAAAACAAAAAUUCGAUAGCAGAAAUUGUCCUUAUUUGGACACUAUUAACAGAAUUUUCCUGGAUUUCGACUUCGAGAAGCUUUGCUCGGUGACCCUAUCGCCUCUUAAUGUAUACGCAUGUCUAGUGUGUGGCAUAUAUUAUCAGGGGAGGGGAAACUCGACCCCAGCUUAUGUGCACAGUGGGGAGUUAGAUCACCAUGUAUUCAUGAACUUACACACACUGAAGUUCUUUUGUAUUCCGGAUAACUAUGAGAUUAUCGAUUCUUCACUUGAUGAUAUAAAACAUGUGUGUAAUCCGAUUUACACCAAAGAGCAGAUCGAGAAACUGGGAGCAGUGGAAAGAGUUUGCAGACCUAUUACUGGUACACCUUACAGACCGGGAAUAGUUGGUCUGAACAAUAUUAAAGCGAACGACUACUGCAAUGUGGUGCUACAAAUAGUCUCUCACAUACCGCCAAUCCGAGAUUUUUUCCUCCAAGAUCAGAACUACAAAUCAAUUUCAAGGCCACCUGGAGACAUUCUGAAGAUUCUUUUGCAAAGAUUAGGAGAGUUGUACCGUAAGUUGUGGAAUUUUGGAAACUUCAAAGCUCAUGUAUCGCCUCAUGAAAUGCUUCAGGCAGUUGUGCUAUGCAGCAAAAAAGUGUUCCAAAUAACGAAGCAAGGAGACGCUAUUGAUGUUCUAUCGUGGCUGCUCAAUUCUCUCCAUAUUGCACUUAAUGGUACUAAAAAGUUGAAGAGUUCAAUCAUCUCAAGGACAUUGAGGGGGAAAAUGAAAGUGAGCAGUCGCAGGUUGAUUCCAGCUGAAGUAACAGAUCCAGAAGAGUUGACUAAGUUCUAUAAUAACCCAGAUUACCUCGAGAAGUUCGAGGAGCAACCGUUUACAUAUCUGACUUUGGAUGUGCCUCCGAUGCCACUUUUUAAAGAUGAGCAAGAGCAAAACGUGAUCCCACAGAUAGCUCUCACCACUCUGCUUCACAAGUUCGAUGGAGUGCAGGAGAAAGAGUACAAGACAUAUAAGGACUCAACUGUGAAAAAGUUCACAAUCACUACGCUGCCGGACUUCCUGUUGAUCUACAUCAAGAGGUUCUACAAGAACAACUUCUUCAUCGAAAAAAACAAGACACUCGUUAAUUUUGCAAUCAAAGGUUUGGACAUGAGUGUGUUCUUGACUGAAGAGGCCAAAAAGAAAUACAAACCCGAAAACUGCCUCUAUGACCUCGUAUCCAAUGUAGUACACGAAGAUGAAAUAACGACAGAAUCCUCCCAGAAGCUAGUAUCAAACAGUAAAGGUCACUACAAAGUGCACGUGAUUGACAGGCCCUCUCAAAAGUGGUUUGAAUUGCAGGACUUGCACGUGACAGAAAUUCUGCCCCAGAUGAUCACACUAUCGCAAGCAUAUAUACAAGUUUACGAAAGACGGAAAAAUUAAAUGUUUUUUGUUUGUUUGUUAUGAUUCAGCUAUGAAGAUCAAUUACUGUUAAAAGACCUCAAAAA